AUGAUACUGACCGAGCCGUCCUUUACCUUCAGCUUCAGCUAUCCACACGGUGAACCUCAGACUCCAACGAGGACCCCUCCGACGACCACCAUUUUUGGUGAUUCGGCCUUUCAGACUCCCAAACUCGAGUCCAGCUUCUUCGAUCCCCGAGUUACCUGGGACACCUCCGAUCCCUAUGCCUCCAGCCCGGAAUUUCUUCGAACCCCCCAGAAAUUCGGCAUAACCUCCCCUUCGAUCAAUCCCCUCCGAUUGCCGGAACAUGGCCCCGACCGACCAUUAGAAGCCGAGACAAAUCUGAAGGGUAGCAAAGGCACGGAGCAGGAUACAGAUACAGCGAAACGACGCCGGCCGUCCAAACCCAAUGGCUUCAUAGAGGAGGACGGUCCACGGACGGUUGACUCGGCCAAGUCUGCUGCCACCAUCCAGACACCCCCACCGAGCAGUGCUUCCCGGAAGAAGAUGGCGGAGUGUGGUGAGAACAAGGGCACCGGUCGACGGACCUCCGAUUCCCAUGCCGUGGGCGCUCAUCUGGAGACUCCUAGCCGCAUCAUGGGAGCCUCUCCCCGGCUUUUCGAUUUCACCUCGUCUCCCGAUCCGUUCCAACUCGGCUCCUUGAAUCCUUCCGCCUCCCCUCUCUUCCCGCAGCAGCGGCUGUUCUGGGAUCAGGACCUGGCCAACCAUGGGGUUGGAAUGGGUCUCUCGACAAGUGGUGUCGAUCUGUUCGGUCCGCAGACUAGUGGCCCUUUCCAGCUCAAUCCCCCGCCUCUGCAGGAUCUCCAUAUCCCUCAACUGCCUGCAAUUGAGGGCAGCAUGGACCUUCCCGAGUUCAAUAGCAACGGCUACAACCUGUCGUCUACCACUACCACCGAUGCUGCGCUGUUUCCCGCCCCAUUCUCUACCUCUCCUCGUCUCCCGAUAGCGAAGGCUGAGGAUCCAGCCAUGUUCCUUAGCUCUCCCGCACGUCGAUUUGGGGGGCCCCAGCCAACUCCCGCAAAGAGGCUCUUUGGUCGGCCUGCUCGCCAGCCUUACCACCAUCAGACCGAGGAGUCUAAGCGGGAAGAGCUCCGUCGGGCACAGAGUGUCCACCAGCAGCUCUCCGUGUUUGAUAACGAGGAGGAGGAGGAGGAUGACUACACUCCUCGACAGACUCGCCCGACGCUGACUCGAAGUGUCACCCACACAGCCAUCACUGCUUCUGCUGCUCGCUCAGGUGUGGGGAGCACGAUGUCUACGACGAAUGGCAUCCGCAAGAGCCCAUCCAAGGGUCGCCUGUCACCUGUCAAGUCCAUGCGGCAGUCAAUGCCCCGCUCAACGUCCGCGGCCAGUCUUCCCACACGAUCUCAGUCUGUAGUCCUCCGCAUCGGCCGGGAUGGUCGAGCCAAGACUGAGAUGCAGCCCGUGCAAGAGGCGGCAACCGGAUUGACCGAUCCCAUCACUGCCAUGGAUCUCGAAGGCUCUACAACAGAGAGCGAGUAUGACUCGGUCGACUAUUCUGAAUACCCCGUCAUCCCCAGUCGCAACCCGUCCUUCGCCUUUUCUGAUGCUGGGGGGUCGGUGACGGCCCGCAGCGACUCGGGCUCACGGCCGCACUCCAAGGGCUCCUACACUUCGACGGCAGCAUCGUCCCAGUCGGGACGGAUGUCCCCUUGGAAUGGAUCCUCGCGCGGACUCUCUCGUCGACCCCAAUACAAACCGACUCUGGAUGACUGGAAACGGACCCCGAAAAGACAGACUGGCAUGCUCCACUCGGAUCUAUCUUACUUGAGUGCCGGAUCACUCGGAGAGCCCUUCGAUGAUGUCGAUGAGGGCAGCGGCGAUGCUCAGCAUGCCCUCCGGAAGGUGUUACAAGAGCGGGGACGUCCGCUGCGGCCUCAUACUGUCAGUUAUAGCUCGCGAAUCGGUCGUGCCAACCGUUCAUUGGCCCAUCUCCGGUCGUCGCCCCCGCGCUUUGGAGCCGAAUUGGACCUCGGUGCGCGAGCUCUGAACACCUCGCCCACGACGAUGACGGACCCCGACAUUGCGACACCGAUUACCGAUCGGUUCAGCAAUCCCAGUCGGGGAACCAGAUGUGUCUGUAAUUCCAUGGACAAUGGUGGCCACCUGAUGAUCCAAUGUGAAUCAUGCAGUCACUGGUUGCAUACCAAGUGUGUUGGUCUCGAACGGGCCAACCUCCCGUCUGUCUAUGUCUGCGUCUUCUGCGCGACGCAGACGCCUACCCGAAAGAACAAUCGGGGUCGAGUUCCUGUUGGUGGAGUCGGCCCUGUACCCACCUCACCCUUAGCCCAUAAGUCCUAUCGAUUCCGGUGA